AUGUGCGUUCUUCUACAUCUUCUACUGGUGCUGUCCAUCAUUCAAUGCUCUGAAGCAGGCAACAAGUCUCAAGAAGUUCUCCAUCAAUGUCGAGAUGAAGAGAAACUGUCGAUCUCCCUCUGUGCCCCAAUCAUUGAAGUCAUCAAUCAGUACCCAAAGCUCUAUACUGACCGUAUUCAUGACCCAAUGUAUUAUCAAAACUUGGAGAAGCUCUGUCAGGAGGCGAAAGGAUGUGUGUCUGAUUUGAACUGUUCUGAAGCCGAUGCCCUACGCAAUGAUAUAGACAAGGUGUGCAGUUAUUCACUAUUCUUCUACGCUGAAAACCAAAAAUGUCUUCAAAAAUUCCACCAGAAAGCGUAUGUUGCUAACAAAACUGAGGACUCAUCUUGUUAUGCGAAAUUUCCAUCCUUCCAGAAUGAAAUGGAUAAGAAAUAUAAGACCUUCAUGGAAGGUGAAGAAUGUUUUAUGAAUCAUAUCGAGGAGAACUGCAACGAUACUUCAAGAAAGUUCUUUGUGAAAAGCUACAACUAUCUCGUGGAAUACAUGACCAACAAGCCAGAAAUUCGAACUUGCGACCCCUAUCACAUGUUUUUAGAACAAGAAUGCAUGGGAAUCUUUGCGGAACUGAUUGAUGUUGCAACCUCCGGUCUCUCGCCGCUUGAGCUGGUUUACAACUGGUUUAUGAAUGACCGGAUUGUUUCCGCCAAAAUGAAUGUUCUGGUUUGUUCUCAAACAUUUCACUACGAGUCGAGAAAGUCUGCAACGCUAUGA